AUGGGUGAAGUCGAGGUUCUUGUACCCUCUGAUCUCUUGGGCCCAAAGCCUCCGAAGACGACGCUUGAAUCAGACAUUUCAUUGGCGUCCAAGCCCAAAGACCUGCCCUUCGACCCUGACGCGCUGAAGCGGAAGUAUCUGGAGGAACGCGAUAAAAGGUUAAAGUACGGCCAAGAGAAAGGCGGUAUCAACCAAUAUCGACUUGUCGAGCACGAUGGUCCUUUUGCGCACUACCUCAAGGAUCCAUGGGUAGAGCCCGGCUUCAACCGCGAUCCAAUCGACGAGCAAGUCGACGUCAUUAUUAUCGGUGGUGGAUAUGGCGCUCAGCUCGUAGCUGUUCGGCUGAUUGAGGCCGGUGUCACCAACUUACGGAUCAUUGAGAAAGCAGGUGAUUUUGGGGGGACCUGGUAUUGGAACCGCUAUCCUGGCGCUCAAUGCGAUAUUGAAUCGUACAUUUACAUGCCCCUUCUCGAAGAGCUCAACUAUAUGCCCACCGAGAAGUAUGCCAGGGCCAACGAACUUCUGAAGCACGCUGAAAUGAUCGGCCGUCGCUGGGGCUUGUAUGACAAAGCACUUUUCCAGACGGAGACGCAUAGUCUCGAAUGGGAUGAGAAGACGGCGUUAUGGACUGCAAAGACCAAUUGGGGCGAUACCAUCCGGUCGAAGUAUGUCAUACCAGCUGCGGGACCGCUACAUCGACCAAAGCUGCCCGGCCUCUCGGGAAUAGAGUCUUUCAAAGGCUACUCUUUUCACUCAUCUAGGUGGGACUAUAACUACACUGGCGGUGACACAACAGGUAACCUCCACAAGCUCUCGGACAAGCGUGUAGGCAUUAUCGGUACCGGCGCGACUGCUGUUCAAAUCGUGCCUCACUUAGGAAAGUGGGCCAAAGAGGUCUAUGUCUUCCAACGAACGCCGUCGUCAAUUGACGUCCGCGGAAACCGACCUACCGAUCCCGAGUGGGCUGCCUCGCUCAAGCCAGGCUGGCAAAAGGAGCGUAUGGACAAUUUCAACAUUAUCGUCAAUGGCGGUAUUGCGCCUGUCGACCUGGUCAAGGACGGCUGGACAGACAUCUUACAUAAACUACUCGCACGUUGGCAACCUACUGUGGGCAAUGAGCCGGUGAACCCGGAAAAGGCUGCCGCGCAGCGCCAGAUCGCAGAUUAUGAGAAAAUGGAGACUGUCAGGGCACGCUGCGACGAAGUGGUCAAAGACCCGGUGACGGCCGCGGCUCUAAAGCCGUGGUACAACCAGCUGUGCAAGCGACCAUGUUUCCACGAUGAAUACUUGGACACGUUCAACCGGCCCAAUGUACACUUGAUCGACACGGCAGGUAAGGGCGUCGACGCGAUCACAGAAACGGGCGUCGUGGCCAACGGCCAACUGUACGAGCUGGACACGCUCAUCUACGCGACAGGGUUCGAGCUCGCAACAGAAUGGAGCCAUCGAUCCAAUAUGGAAGUGACGGGUCGUAAUGGCAAGACUAUCACAGAGUGCUGGAAGGACGGAUCGCGCACGCUACACGGCUGGACAACGCGCGACUUCCCCAACUGCUUCUGGGUGCAGAUCGUGCAGGCCGCGCUAUCGCCCAACUUCCUACACGUUACGGGCGAGCAAGCUGAGCAUCUGGCUUACGUGAUCUCCGAGUGCCAGAAACGCGGCGUCCGCACAGUCGAGCCCACCGCCGAGGCCGAGGAGGACUGGAUCAACACGAUUCUCAAGAUGGCUAAGCUGCGCGCCGAGUUCCUCUCCGGCUGCACACCCGGCUACUACAACAACGAGGGCACGCCGAAUCCCUCGGCCGCCAAAAAUGCCAGCUACGGCGGAGGCGCGCCCGCUUUUUUGAACUUGUUGAAGGAGUGGAGGGCGAAGGGGGACUUGGAGGGUCUGGAUCUGACGUUUGAGAAGGAAGAGAGCGCAUCGUGA